CUCCGGAAGCUCUUGCUGGAGAUUAUACACAGGAUUCCUACCAAUGACCAUCUGAAGCCUUAUGUCAAGAGCAUAUUGUCUCUGAUGUUUAAACUGCUUGAGAUUGAAAAUGAAGAAAAUGUGCUGGUAUGUCUCCGUGUUAUAAUUGAGCUUCACAAGCAGUACCGACCUCAGAUGAACUCAGAGAUUCAGAGUUUUUUACUGUUUGUGAAGAACAUCUACAAGGACUUGCCAAACCAUCUCCUGAAAAUCUUUGAACCCAAACCUCAAAUCAAGGUCAAGGACAUGUCAGAGGUCAAUGUGGAGGCCCUCCUCCAGGAGACUUACACCAUCACCACCAUCAUGACGGACAAGAAAAAUACAGACAAUUCUCCCAUUUCUUAUAAUAUCAUCCCAAGAGCGGUGCUGUCCCUGAAAGUGCUGGCCGAGUUGCCCAUCAUAGUGGUGCUGAUGUACCAACUGUAUAAACAGAGUGUUCACCAGGACGUGGCCGAGUUCAUUCCUCUGAUUAUGAACACCAUUGUGCUGCAGCCGUCUGCACAACACAGAACCAACCCAGCUUUCAACAAGGAAGUAUUUGUUGAUUUCAUCGCAGCCCAGAUCAAGACACUGUCAUUCUUAGCUUACAUCAUCCGAAUUUACCAGGAAAUUGUUAGUUCCCACUCUCAGCAGCUAGUGAAAGGCAUGCUGGGAUUGUUAACCCUUUGUCCCCAGGAAGUGGCUCACCUCAGGAAAGAGCUUCUGAUAGCAGCAAGGCAUAUUCUUGCCACCGAUCUCAGAAAUCGUUUUGUCCCCCACAUAGACAAGUUGUUUGAUGAGACAGUUUUGAUAGGUAGUGGUUGGACCACGCAUGAAUCUCUCAGACCCUUGGCAUACAGUACUCUAGCUGAUCUAGUACACCAUGUGAGGACUGCGCUGCCACUGACUGACCUGUCUCUGGCCGUCAACCUGUUCUCUAAGAACGUCCAUGAUGAGUCACUGCCCUGCAGCAUCCAGACCAUGUCCUGCAAACUCCUGCUGAACCUGGUGGAGUGUAUCAAACAGAAGAGUGAACAGGAGAACGGGAAUGUGAGUAUUCUGAGCAGGAGAACGGGAAUGUGA